CGAUCAUUCAGUAGCCGCGGCGCUCUCCUCUUCUGCCUACAGUUUUCAUGAUCAUCGACGAGUCAGAAGAGCCAUCUUCCUCGGUCAAGAGCCCGACGGAGGUCUCCAGCACCGCUUUCAAUCAGACAGAAGCCGGUGUCGGUCCUCUCCAGCAACUUCUUCCGCCACCCUACGUAUCUUAUCAGGCGGUUUUGCCGCCUGUCGUCACUUCACCCCCACGGAGACAGAAGCAACGAUGGGCUAGAUUGCACAAGACUCGUAGAAGACUAGCUUUCGCGUCCAUAGCGCUCAACUGCUUGUUCUUCCUGCUCCUCCUCCGUAUCACCCGACGAGAACGGACCACGGAGCGGAUGGGCAGAGACAAGCACGGAGACACCGAUAUUACAAUACCGCCCAUCCUGCCCGUGAUUCCCGUGGCAAAACCGGAUCCUCGCUCAGGCAAAUGUGUUGCGUCGGCCACGUGGUCUAACGCGACUUUCAUUUCGCCCGAUGACGAUUCCCCCUUCAAUACCACCUCUCACGCGUCGUUUACCUUCCCCGACGCGUCUUCUGCGAUGUUUCUAAUUGCUCAAGGAGCCCAACUUGGUGGCCACUUGCAGGUCGUGGCAACAUCCCCGCAUGCGCUCCCGCGAGUUGAUAUACAAGCGCGAUAUUGUUCGGCUCGUGUUCUCGAUAGAUCGGCCGUUUGUCAGAUGGAGCAGAAGAAGACGGGCAGUGUAGGGUUGGGUAUUUUUACACCUCAUGCGUUUGAUGGCCAGAGCGCCACAGACGCUCUGGACUUUACAAUCACUUUGUUCCUUCCCACUUCGUCCGAUCCCGGCUCGAACUCUGCGGUCUACAACCUUGAAACCAAUCUUCCUCAGUUUUCGCAGUCAUUUGACGCCCUCCGAGAUGUUGUGCGGUUUGAUCAACUUAAAAUAGAAGGACGGGGCAAACCGAUACAUGCCAAGUCUGUUUUUGCAAACAACGCAACGGUCAUGAACGCCAACGCCAAGAUAUCAGGCUCAUUUGAAACCUCGUCGUCCCUGAUCUUGUCGACAACCAAUGCUCCUGUCCUCAGCUCGAUCAAACUUCACCAUCGCAACAUAUUCAAAACGACGCAUCUCAGGAUCGAAACCUGCAAUGCAGAGAUAGACGCACCGAUUAGUCUGUUUACCACUGCGGCCAACGGGCAGGGCGGCCGCUUCAACAUCUCGGCAACGACUACGAAUGCACCAAUGACCAUGACCUUCCCAUCGGCUCCGGCUCGAUCCAUCCUGCAUCUCGACGCGGAGACCAAAAACUCGCCUGCCAGCGUUUGGCUCAACGAGGCCUUCGAGGGCGACUUUACGCUGUUCUCCAACGUCGUCCUGGUGGACCAACUGCCCUACGUCGACAUCAGGAAAUUGCGUACUGUCGAUUGGCAGAGCGACCUCAAGAGAUUAGGUUUCGUCAAGGGCGAGGUCCGGUGGAAGAUGCCGAUCCUUGGGGGUGCUAAGAAGCCGUUAGGCUCCGUGCGCAUAUCUACCAACAACAGCUUCCUCAAACUACACGUGUAGACUUUCUGUAAGAAUUUUCUGUAUAUGUUACCCUUGUAAUAUUUGUAGUGUACCUACUCAACUCUCAAAAUUAGUCAAAUGUCAUUGGGAAUGCAGAUAACCGGCGGAGCCUGCGAGUGUAGGAUUUUAUCACAUUCGGCCGAUAAAAUGAAAAGACUUUCAUAAUUGGAGAGUA